GUGAUCAGUUGGGAGCGACUAGUUUGAGUCGGUUUGUACGUCGGUUUGCUGAAAAAAAACAUUUACCAAUUCCGCCGGUGUUUUUCAUUUGUAAAGAGUCUCAGAACAGCAGGAUUAAUUUCAAUAAGGGAUUCUCAUUUUUACGGCAUUUAUAAUAUAGUGUUGCUUGUGUCGAAAUAAUGUGACCUCGCUGAAAAUUUCACCAAAAUCAGUUGGCUCAACGUCAGUCUCUCCAAUUUUUUCAUCGACCUUAGGAUACACUAAGCUCUUGAAUUUCAUUCACUUUGGAUUUUUUUCUACAACGCUGAAACAAUCUCUGUGUCCUUUGACAGAAUAUAACGCGAUCUCUGUGCCCUUUGACAGAAUAUAGCUCGUUGAACGGCAAUGGAACAUUUUACUUUUCGUGAUUUGGACAAACAAUUAUGACCACAACGUAUGUGCCGUCAACAUUGCCGCCGACCGCAUUACCCACAAAGCUCUCCGGUGCCUCGCUUCUCUCGAAACAUUCUCAUAAUUCGAAAUAUUCACGUCAUACGAAGCGUUCGCGUGGAAAUAGUGUGCCAAAUUUGAAACUUUCUCAAGAACGAGACAGAAGAUCUUCACUAGCAAGCGACGAUGAUGACGACGCCCUUGACAAGGCCAAUGUUCGCCUUCAGCAGGCUAUGCUUAGAAGAGAUGAUCUCUUAGGAAGAAUACGGAAUCACCACACAGUAGAGCCGGAUCGACAGAGGACAGUCUAUAGUUACAAAGCACCUCCAAAGGAGGAGUAUCGACCUAAGUCAUACGAGGGACCACGCCCCCCGCACUCACCAUAUUAUCGCCGACCGCCAUCCAGACAUUCAUUGCCAGGUAUUAAGGUUACAAGAUCACGAGACAUGUCUCGCCAAGUCAUACCGCAGUACCAGCCAUACAUACAGCCACAAGUCUUGCCGCCAAUUCAGAUACAGGCGCCGGUGGCACCUGUGGCACCACAAGUCUAUCAGGUGCCCGCUCCCGCACCUGCGCCAGCGGCGGCGCCCGUUUUUUAUCCCGAAACAAAGUGGGGAAAAGGAGACUUUAUGGAGAUGAUGAUGAUGCAGAAUGCUCAGAUGCAUCAGAUGGUCAUGAAUCAAAUGAUGUUAUCAACGAUGCCUACGCCAAAAAAUAACACGCCGCAAAUUAUACGAGUUGGCGACGACGGGGGUGGGCCAAGUCAGCCUCCAAUAGUGGUGAGUUCGAACCCACGUAAUAACAAUCCGGUGGUCACGGGUCCAGGACGAGGGGGAGGUGGGCCAGCAGUACAUCAUCAUCACUAUAACUAUUCACCGUCACCGGGUCCGGGUCAAGGCCCGAGCGCAGCCCCGGCUGGAAUGAACAACGUAACACAUUUACCUCCAUUAGAUAUGCGGCGGCGACCACCUGUGCAGCCAUAUCCGAAUGAAGUAGAACCUUUACAACAGCCGCGAGCGAGAAUCCGACCGAAGCUUGUCCCACCAGUUGGUCUCCCUGGAGACGAUCGUGAACCCAUUAUAGUCGGAGGCAAAGUUGUAGGAUUCAAGACGCCAAAACCGGGCACCCCCCGGGCACCGACACCUAAGGAGGCGCCCCCCACGCCGCCACCAGCAAAGAAGGAACCAAAAGUGUAUCCGUUCCCCGGGUCGAAGGGCAUGAGGAAACUGCGGCACACGUUCUAUGCGGCGUUUUUCACGGCUGCGCUUAAACACGCAGCGAAUAAGAAAAAAGAAAACCAAGUCAGCGAUGCCUUCAUUUUCGGUAUUCAUCUGAAGGAGGUCAUAGCUGCCCUACAUCGUCUCUACCUCAACCCAGAUGGAAAGAUUUACCCGAUCUUACGGGAUGGGAUUGCCGUUGGCGCGCCAGAUAUGACGACACUCGUCGAGAACCCAAAAGGGGUACCCAAGUCGGAUGAAAUGUACAAGGAACUCACGUACAUUGUCGAGAACACUGUCUUUAAUAUAACAGAGAUAAUGCCAACAAGUGGCGUGUUGGGAACUCAUCGUAAAGCUGUCGUUUAUGAGAUGUUAAAGAACGGGAAGAAGUUCCCCAAGGGUUAUUUCUGGCAGAUUGAGAAGGAGUUACUCCAGUUUGACAAAAACGAACGGACGAUAAACGUCAAAAACAAAGAAGGAUUAUUGUUGCUUAUGGGUGUUUAUUUUGCGCGAGGCCUGGUUACAACGCUCCUUAUGAAACCGUUGGACUACGGCCUCACCACGACCGAACUCGACACGGUCGCUCAGCGAAACUUAGCGUUGCUGGCAACGAUCUUUAUUUGGAUCCUCAGGAAGGUGUCAUGGGAUGGCAAAAUGCUGAACAUGCCACACGAAAUCAGUAAAUACCUCUACAGUGACGAUGACAUGAAACACGUCUAUGCCAAGAUAAAAGCGACUAUUGAGUAUGCAGAGAAACUGAUAAAGGAAUGGGGAAACUCGUACGUGAAAAAACUGCUCGACAUCCAGUCUGGAGACAGUCAGUAUGACGGUGACGCCACUCCGUUAGAACUACGCGACAAAUAGUAAGAUGGAAAACUGCUCAAGCCUAAAUCAGAUCCUCCUGGAACGAACACAUACAGCCGUAAAGGGAGACCUAUAUGGUGAUAUUUUAUGGAGGCUGCUUCUUAACUUCAUGGUCCCACAGGAACGAAAUAUGACCAGAACGAGUUUGGAAUGGUCAACUUUCUCACUUGGGUGUUUGAAGACAACUCCAUCUCAAACAUGUUUGAACGGGUGACCUCCAGAGAUGUUGUAUAUGAUUUGUUCCAGGGUACUUGAGAGAAAUACUUCAGAGCAUGCUGAAUGGCUUAUCAAGUUAUACAGUCGGUGUCCUUGAUACCUGAUUUGUCUCAAGAAUGCAGAAAUUCAUGUGGUAGAUAUACACUGUGAUGCUGUUUUUUAAGAAGGUGAACCGGUAAUACAAGGUGCCAAAGGUUUGAAAGAUUGCUACAUCAGUGAGUGUGAUCCCUUAAAUAAAAUGUUCGAGGGUUGAAUUAGAUUGCGGGUAAAAUGCUUAAAGAGUUAAAGUAAAUUUUCUCGUGAAGAAGGACCAGACUUGAUCAGAUUUGAUCAGACUUCUCCUGAAAAAGGAUUCAACAUGGAAUCGGAGAGAUUUUGUCUGCUGUAUGGACGAUAUUUACAUGCACGUCAAAACAUGUUGUGUUGCAGAAGAAUUGCAAUUUGUGUUUUGUGUGAAGACUUUCUCACAUAUGAACACGUGAGCAUUAAGUUACAUUCUUGAAUGGAUAGGAAGUGGUUCUGUGAGGACGUUGUUCACAGGAGCACUCGUACACUAAUGAACACAUGAGUGAUGUGUUCUGUGAGGACAUUUUUCACAUCAGGAGCACAUCAUUUUUGAUGUAUGAACAUAUGCAAGAGGGGUGAUUCCUAACUCAGGCACACAUCUAGAGGUUGUAAUUAGAGCUUAAGGUAUAAAAUGAACAUUGUUUACACACAUGUGUUAUGAUAGUGUUUUGAGAGUCAUGAACACAUGAUGUGAUUUGGUGAGGACAUUUUUCACCGGAACACAUCAUUUAUGUGUAUAUGAAGACAUGCAAGAGGGGUAGAAAUAAUCCACCAAUCUGCUAGUUAGAAACACGGAAUAUAGUUUAUGCUUAUUUGAACUGAACAUUCUGAGGUAACUGAGUAACUUUCAAUUAAAAAUGAUUUGGCUUGAAAGGUAUUCUACAUCACCAAGGAUUCAUCAAGGCUGACUACUUAUUUUUCUUAUUGACAGAAUUGACUCAUUCUUCAUAAUUCAACAAUUUCAGUGGUGGCCCGAUGCAUUACGAAGUCUUGAUCAUGUAUACAUGUUUGAACUGCUAUUACGAGUUUCCAGUGAAACUAGAAAUAGUCUCAUAAGUCAUGAGUUAGAUAAGUCCUUCAUUCUCAUUUCAGGCCUCCUGGCUAGCCUACGAUCUGGAAAAAGGGUACUUACCAUUUUGAAGCUAAUGCCUUUGAUGUUCUCUCAAACAUGUCAAACUAAAGAAUAAA